ACGUCAAACCACAAUUUUCGUUUGAAGAGAGUAAAUUGUAUUUAUGUAUUUGUUAUAAGCAUUUCUAUGUAUAUACGAUACACUAUAUACACUAUACAUAUCCAAACUAUGGAUGACCACUGCCAUCUGUAACUACUUUGAACCGAAAGUUUUUAUUCAAAGAACUAACUACUUUCUCAAAGGAGUUACCAGGACUUAUCCAAUAUGGACAAGGACAUUCCUUUGUACGAGGGAAAGCCGAUAUUUCGCAAUAAGCCAUCUUACAAACACUUCAACAAAUCCUUCGAGCAUGUUGACGAUUCGCUCUAUACGUUUCUGAAUGAAGUGGAUCCAGAAAUCCUACGCAUGGAACUCCAGGAACCCUCAGAUGUCUUCAAAUCCUAUAACCGCAACACAGCCCUAAAAGAUCCUCGAACCAACGAGAUUCCGGGUAGUACGACUUGCGACCAUUCUAGUGACAGUUCCGGCUACAGCUUUCCUAAUCCACUGGAUCAGCACUCGGAGUUGAAUCUCAAGCAGCAGGCCGCAUGUAUAAGAGUACUUUUAGCCUGGCAGCGAAAUGAACCUGUCGAUGAAGGUGAUUUCGUUGUAUGGCAGGCAACAGAAAAGAAGCGCUGCAACGAGCAGCAAAGAGUUCAAAAACACAUACAUGACCAUGAGCACGGUCGCAAGGAAAUUGUCUAUGCUGCCAUGAAGAGUCUAGUGGCGAUCUACAGAAUGUGGUACGAGCUAAAAGCCAGAAAACUGCUAAAAGCAUAUCCCAAUGAGUCAUAUGUGACCUUUUCCGGUCUUCCACAGUUGUCGCAGUGCAAGAGUCUCAACUCUCAGACCGCCAGUAUAGAGCAGGUGGAACUAGAACGAAUUGCAGGUCGGGUAAGACUCUGUCAAGGACUAGAUGUGAGCCAAGAAACGUUUCGCACUUUAAGAGUCCGUUUGGAUCGGUACGCUGUUAGAGAAACCAAGGAGCCAGCUAAGAUUUUGCAAGAUGAAGAGAAGAACCAGGAGCUGGAAAAUGGUGAUGUCUUGGUUUUGCCGCUGGACUCCCUCUUGAUGCUGUUGACCACCGGAGCAUACAUUGAUCUACCAACAGAAAUGUUUGUCAGUUUGAAAGAAUCUUCAAUGAGUAAACACAAGUGCAUGGAAUUCCAGGCUCCAUUUCCCGCCCGCAACUGUGGUUGGCAUACCAACAGUUUGCUCCUUAAACAUGCCUUUGAAACUUAUAUAUCUCAGCCUGGACAAGCCAAAUGGUUAGAUUUUGAACCGAAUAGAGCAGUCAGAGAAGUUGCAGAUAAGUCUACCUGUGAGAUUCCUUCUAUUGAUCUUCAGAUGGCCUAUAAUCCCCAUGCAAUUGAUCAACAAUCUUCAGACAUCUUGGAAGGAAGCACAAAUACUGGUCUAGUCAGUUGGAUCCUCAAAUGUAAGACCGAGGGCGAAGGCGAUGAAAAUAAACAGUUUCAAGUCUUUAGCACACUAUCCAUACCAGCAGUUAAAGAUUCACAAGGCAAGGAGCCAUUUGGAUGCCACUUUAUUAAGCUAGAGAAUAAACCAGAUUGUGGCUGCGAAAUUAUGUCUAAAUAUGAGUUGAUAAGUGCAUGGCUACAUUUAAAGCUUCUGCAAUCAGAUAUGGGUCAUUGUACACGCAUAUCGAUGCGGGACUUUAGGCCCAUGCUGGAGGAGAAGUUCACGCUUAUGUCGCUGGAGCAACAGCUACGUGACUAUUACAACACGAGUAUGCCGCAAGUGCUUUCCAAUUUGUACGAGUUCCUGAAGCUAUUGGAUACGGUACCUAUCGGGGAAUACCUGCUACGAUACUCACCCAAGUACAAGGAUAAAUUUCUUCUGUGCCAAGCUACUACGCAGGCCACGGCCAAGAGCUUCAAACUCCACCAACUACUCACGGAAACUUCUCCCAGUGACCAAGUUUUUCUUACGCAAAGCAGUUACCUUCCAAUCGCACCCACAUUAUGUGGGCGCCUGCACGAGGAACUCCAGUUGCUACCUUGCGCAUUUCCAGCAAAGACCAACGGUCGGUCUGUUCAACGUCGGAAAGUGGCGGUGCCAAAAUCAGAGCCCGUUAAACAAGUUCCAAUGAGUCGGCAAACAAGAAAUAAGAAAUGGACUGGUGCCCAAAAUGAAGAGUUCCGCCGCCGAUGUAAAUACGCUCAAAAGGCUAGAGCCAAGGCUCGCAAAAAAUCGGCUGCCAAAGAAGAAAAGGAACUAGACAAGAUUAUGUCGCUGUGAUCCUAGAGUUUAUAUCACGUAAAUGUUAUUUCUUGUUUUAAUGCCAAAAAUAUAUAAUCGAAAAGGUUAAACAAAAGACGUAUAAGAUGAAGUUUUUAAAAGUUUGUUUUUAAAAUAUACAACACUGAUUAACUACAAGUUUGUGCUUUGGCUAUUUAUUUUUAGCUGCAGUACAGAACGUUAAACAUUCCCUAAUUGAUUGAUAAAUUGAUUGUGCUCCUUCCUUCCCAGACUCGGUGUUUUCCUUAUUAUUAAAGUUUUCAUAUUAAAUCUA